GGUCGCUCUGGGCACUGAGGGCUACUUCCUCAACUCGUACGAAAGCUCCAAUCCCGGCGCUGGUGCCCGCUGCGAGGGCGAGGACUGGGCGGCGUUGGGCAAGAUGGACACCAUCGACGUCACCGUGGUUCACGCUUAUGAGCGCCAGCUCGAGUCAGUUCCUCCCAAGUGGACCAAGUGCGACUUCAACUGCUUCUGCAACUACCUGGUCCAGUACCUCGGCACCCAUCAACGCUUGUCCUCCGACUUCGGCAAGCCACUUAUCCUGGAGGAGUUUGGUCUCAUUCUGCCUCAGUACACCGUUGAGCAGCGGGUGCUCCUCUUCCGUCUGGUAGCGGACAACAUGCAAUGGAUGAAGCAGACCGGCGGCCCCAUGGUUGGCGCUAUGUUCUGGAACGCCGCAAUUGGCAACGUGUGGGACGAUGGGUACAAUGUGUACUUGGACGGUCCUGUCACCAAGCCCAAACCGACACCAACGCCCACCUCUGCGCCGGUCACCACCCAAAAGCCCAGCAGCAGCAGCGGCAGCACACCCGCGCCAACCUCGGCACCUACCA